GUUCACUCUUGUUUACGCUGUUUAAGCGACGCUUACGGUAUCCUAGCUCCUAUGAUCAUCCAGCUCUGGAAGCUUAAAAUCUUCGCCUCUUCUUCGCCCGGGAAAUCGCUCUAGGUCAAGAGAAAUUGGACUUAUCUUUGGAAGCACAGAUAAACAAUGGCAGAUCCUGAGAACCCAGAUACCACAGCUAAAUCUGACGAGGCCCCCGCGGAAAAGUCCGGCGGCGGAGGAGCUGCAUCUGGAGAUAUCGGACUAACUAUGUCGUAUAUCAUCUCGAUUCCUGGAAUACUGAAGAUCGUUGAAUUUUUCACGUUGAUGUUGGCAUUUGCCAUAGCUGCUGAUGUAAAUAUCAUAGCAAGCAAGUCACGUAUGGAUUUCUUCCUCUUUGUUACUGUGAUGUCAUGGCUUCUUGUGAUCGCCGUAUUUGUCUUGUUCGCAUUCAAUAUCAUAUCAAAAAUCAACCUCAGUAUUGACUGGAAUAUCCCGGUUUUUGUAUUUGCUGUUGUAGCAGCAAUUCUUCUUCUGUUGAGUUCUGCCUUGCUAGCUGAUAUGGUAACAGAUUAUUUGGGGUUUUUUCCUAAGGAAACUGACAAAAUAAGGGCUGCUGCGGCUUUUGGAUUUAUCUCCAUGUUCGUCUUCAUCGCAGAUGCUGUUGUUUUUUUCCUGAAGAAAACUGGAAGGAUGUAAACCAACGCCCACAUUUUGAUGAACUGUGUAGUCCUUCGAGUUUGUUUAACCUUUUUUAAUAGCUAUUUCGGUCACCGUUAAUUUGAAUUUAAUCGUUAUAUCUAUAUACCUUUCCUCUAUAACGAAUGAAAAAAAUCUAGAAAUAGACAGGGAGAAUGCGUAUAUUUAACCCUUUAACUCCUAGAAGUGACUAAGAUGUAACUUCUCCCUACAAUAUCCAUACAUUAUCCAGUACACAUGUAAUGAGAAUACCCAAUCUUAUCAGGUAGUGUGAGUUGUUUUUAUCUUAAGCCAAAUUCUCGCAAAUAAUUUACGAGGAAAUAUGUAGCAGCCAGAGGGGAGAAUUAGCAAUCAGAUCUUGGGAAAGGGUAGCGUUUGAGAGAACGAGUUAUAGCGUAAGCAACUCGCUAUCAUGCACUGAGCCGCCAUGUUUGAUCUGGGCCUCGAGAGGCUACUGUCUCUUCCACCCUCAGCGGCAUUAGAAUCCUAAGAAAUGCUGCCUUUGCUGCGAUGCUAGAUCUAAAAUUAUACGCCUGCACUACAGGCAAAAAGUAUAUUUAGCUAUGGUCAUUCCAAUAAUUUCUUAGGUAGCGAUACAAUCUGAGCGUAUAUUCUAUUUUUAACCAAUCACUAACGAGUAUAUUCUAUAUGAUUAUGCUCUUAUUAUGAAAUGGGCAUUGAACAACGGCAACACUGACUUUGGCAGCUUUUUACUAAUUUUUAUAGCAGUCAAUUGGCAUAGCAGUCUAGAAUUUAUAGAUAUCGUGCUUUAAGCUAAAAUUCACCUCAAUCAAACAACCAACCCACCUGGCAAAAUUGAGUAAAUGUAAGUAGUCGUAAUCAAACCCAUGUGGAAAGAAAGAAAAAAAAAAUAGAUUUUUUUCAUCGUUUAGCCCGUUAAUUAGGCCUAAAAACCUCAAGGGAACUUGACAUGUACUACAAUAGUUCCAUAAUUAUAUACUUUAGUAUCUCUGGUAUAACUAAUGGCAGUUUAAUGCUAAAAUCUCUCUGACGCCUCGUAAUUAUGACUCAGGAGUGGAGCUCAUUGCGUCCUCGAUUAAACCUUCUGUGAACCACGA